GCUGCUCCAGGUAGGCGCUCCUCAGGUAAGCUGGGGCCCGCAGCUAUGUCGCCUCAGGCAGGGCACCGCCCUCACCAGGGUGGCGCGCGACGUGCGGCGGUCUCCCACCGGGGACUGCUCGGCGCCCGCGCCCUGACACCUCCCCGGCGUCCUCCGCGCUGGCCGCUCCCGCACCGCUCGGGUCCCGGAGGCGAGGCGAGGCGUGGACGCGGGGCGAGCCGGGCAGCGGAACUGACGCCGGCGGGCUUCCGGGGGCGGCCCCGGGGAGAGCGGCGGCGGCGGCGGCGGCGGCCCGCAGUCGUGGAGGAGCGGCGGGAGCGUCAGCGGCUGCGGGCGACGCAAGUUCCGGACAGGGCUCCCCUCUCCUCGCCUUACGUCUCUCCUUCCUCUGGUCUAGUCCAGUGCUGUCUCUCGACGGCGGCUCUUCCGGCCGAGCGCCUUCGGAGUGCGGGUGCUGAGGGGAAGCCGCCGCCGCCCCCGCCUCGGGGCAGAGGAAGGGUGCGUGUCGCGCCGCGUCGCCCCCCGGCACCGCCUCCUGGCCCCCAGUGGCGGCCCCGUUCUCGCUGGAAGCACUCCCCCCAGCUCCAUGAAUGGAAAUCGGCUCCGCAGGACCCGUUGGGGCCCAGCCCCUACUCAUGGUGCCCAGAAGACCUGGCUAUGGCACCAUGGGCAAACCCAUUAAAUUGCUGGCUAACUGUUUUCAAGUUGAAAUCCCAAAGAUUGAUGUCUACCUCUAUGAGGUAGAUAUUAAACCAGACAAGUGUCCUAGGAGAGUGAACAGGGAGGUGGUUGACUCAAUGGUUCAGCAUUUUAAAGUAACUAUAUUUGGAGACCGUAGACCAGUUUAUGAUGGAAAAAGAAGCCUUUAUACAGCCAAUCCACUUCCUGUGGCAACCACUGGGGUAGAUUUAGAUGUCACAUUACCUGGGGAAGGUGGAAAAGAUCGACCUUUCAAAGUGUCAAUCAAAUUUGUUUCUCGGGUGAGUUGGCACCUACUGCAUGAAGUACUGACAGGACGGACCUUGCCUGAGCCACUGGAAUUAGACAAGCCAAUCAGCACUAACCCUGUCCAUGCCGUUGAUGUGGUGCUACGUCAUCUGCCCUCCAUGAAAUAUACACCUGUGGGACGCUCCUUUUUCUCAGCUCCAGAAGGAUAUGACCACCCUCUAGGAGGGGGCAGGGAAGUAUGGUUUGGAUUCCAUCAGUCUGUUCGGCCUGCCAUGUGGAAAAUGAUGCUGAAUAUCGAUGUUUCUGCCACUGCCUUCUACAAAGCACAACCUGUAAUUCAGUUCAUGUGUGAAGUUCUUGACAUUCAUAAUAUUGAUGAACAACCAAGACCUCUGACUGAUUCUCAUCGGGUAAAAUUCACCAAAGAGAUAAAAGGUCUGAAGGUUGAAGUGACUCAUUGUGGAACAAUGAGGCGGAAAUACCGUGUUUGUAAUGUAACAAGAAGGCCUGCCAGUCAUCAAACCUUUCCUUUACAGUUAGAAAAUGGCCAAACUGUGGAAAGAACUGUAGCGCAGUACUUCAGAGAAAAGUAUACUCUUCAGCUGAAGUACCCACACCUUCCCUGUCUGCAAGUGGGGCAGGAGCAGAAGCAUACUUACCUGCCCCUAGAAGUCUGUAAUAUUGUGGCAGGGCAACGAUGUAUCAAAAAGCUAACAGACAAUCAGACUUCCACUAUGAUCAAGGCUACAGCAAGAUCUGCACCAGAUAGACAAGAGGAAAUUAGCCGAUUGGUAAGAAGUGCAAAUUAUGAAACAGAUCCAUUUGUUCAGGAGUUUCAGUUUAAAGUUCGGGAUGAGAUGGCACAUGUAACUGGACGUGUACUGCCAGCACCUAUGCUCCAGUAUGGAGGACGGAAUCGAACAGUAGCAACACCAAGCCAUGGAGUAUGGGACAUGCGAGGAAAACAGUUCCACACAGGAGUUGAAAUAAAAAUGUGGGCAAUUGCCUGUUUUGCCACACAGAGGCAGUGCAGAGAAGAAAUACUGAAGGGGUUCACAGACCAGCUGCGGAAGAUUUCCAAGGAUGCAGGGAUGCCUAUCCAGGGUCAGCCUUGCUUCUGCAAAUACGCACAGGGGGCAGACAGCGUGGAGCCCAUGUUCCGGCAUCUCAAGAACACCUACUCAGGGCUGCAGCUCAUUAUCGUCAUCCUGCCAGGGAAGACGCCGGUGUAUGCGGAGGUGAAACGUGUGGGAGACACCCUUUUGGGUAUGGCUACACAGUGUGUUCAAGUCAAGAAUGUAAUAAAAACAUCUCCUCAAACUCUCUCAAACUUGUGCCUGAAGAUAAAUGUUAAACUUGGAGGGAUCAAUAAUAUUCUUGUACCUCAUCAAAGACCUUCUGUGUUCCAGCAACCAGUGAUCUUUUUGGGAGCAGAUGUCACGCAUCCACCUGCUGGUGAUGGAAAGAAGCCUUCAAUUGCUGCUGUUGUAGGUAGUAUGGACGCCCACCCAAGCAGAUACUGUGCCACAGUUCGAGUUCAGAGACCCCGACAGGAGAUUAUUCAGGAUUUAGCUUCCAUGGUCCGGGAACUUCUCAUUCAGUUUUAUAAGUCAACUCGAUUCAAACCUACUCGUAUCAUCUUUUAUCGGGAUGGUGUUUCAGAGGGACAAUUUAGACAGGUUUUAUAUUAUGAAUUAUUAGCAAUUCGAGAAGCCUGCAUCAGUUUGGAGAAAGACUAUCAACCUGGAAUAACCUACAUUGUAGUUCAGAAGAGACAUCACACUCGAUUAUUUUGUGCUGAUAGGACGGAAAGGGUUGGCAGAAGUGGCAAUAUCCCAGCUGGAACAACAGUUGAUACAGACAUCACACACCCAUAUGAGUUUGAUUUUUACCUCUGUAGCCAUGCUGGAAUACAGGGUACCAGCCGUCCUUCCCACUAUCAUGUUUUAUGGGAUGAUAACUGCUUUACUGCAGAUGAACUUCAGCUGCUAACUUACCAACUCUGCCACACGUAUGUGCGCUGUACACGGUCUGUUUCUAUACCUGCACCAGCGUAUUAUGCUCACCUGGUGGCAUUCCGAGCCAGAUAUCAUCUCGUGGACAAAGAACAUGACAGUGCUGAAGGAAGUCAUGUUUCAGGACAGAGCAAUGGGCGAGAUCCUCAAGCUCUUGCCAAGGCUGUACAGAUUCACCAAGAUACCUUACGCACAAUGUACUUUGCUUAAAGAGUCCACAUAUAUUUUCUGAGAGGAAAAACUGAAUUGACAUAUGCUGUAUGUUUCCAGUAAAGUCAAUUGAGUAGGGAGCGACGCCUCCAGCCGUACAGAAACCAACACUGUGUCGGGCCAGGGUCUGAUCCUUCUGCUGAUGCAAGGAAGAGUGUCUGCUUCAUCAAGGAAGGCGGCACUAUUAUGCAAUAUGAAACCAGCCACUGCUUUUUGUGCAGUCUCCGUAGGAAGUAUUGCAAUUGUUUUGUUUUCACUUCUUAUAGUCUAACCCUUUUAAUGCCUUUACCUCAAGUUGCUUGGCAGCACAACUAUCUUUGCAAAAAAAAGUAGGAAAUGUAAAUGAUGGUUUAAAAAACACACACCUAUGUGAAUAAUCAAAGUGAUUGUUCACAAUUAUGUGUGCAAAAAAAUUAAUGUGCACUCGUAUAUUCUUGUAAAAGGAGUCUGUAUUUUUAAAAUAUAUACAUGUAUACUUCAUGUGCAUAUAUAUCUGGGUCUAGAUUGAUAAUAGAUAUAUAUGUAUCUGUGUAUAUAUUUUAUAGCUCAUUCCAUUGGGAAACUAUCUUUCCCUUUAUUCUCUCCUCACUACCACCUUUAUUUCUCUGACAUCCCUUGCCUUCAUCACCUGUAUUUUUUCUCCUAAUGCCACCAGUGACAUUCAAAUGUUCAUAUAUCUAAUUCAUUUGAAUGUGAAGCAUAGCAAACUAGAUUUCUAUUUUUAUUUUGCACAUCCUUUUCCUGUCUCCUAUCUCAUACAGUUUUGAGUCCUCAACUCCUGAUAGUGCUUUCUUAAGAAACAGAAUUAUUUUAUAUCUAUCUAUAUAUACAUAUAUAUAAUGUUUUGGUGAGAUUGUGUGUCUCCUGUCUGAACUGAACAUUUGCCACUUGUGCAAUGUGUACAUAAGCAGUAGCAAUCUAAUAUUCUUUUUCUUUAGCGAGUUUGUUAAAGCUGCUAUAAAUAUGAAACCUUGUCAGAAGUUGUAACUGUUUCUCUCUGAUAAGUGGUAUCUAUUCUAAAGCAUUCUGUUUCUUUGGGAUAGACAUGGAAAUCCCUUAAAGCUUUUAUAAAGGAUAAAUAUUUUAAGAGGUUGGAACUCUGUAGGGUUGAGGCCUCUGAAAUUGGGUAGAGAAAGAGAAGAGGCUAUUGGAAUUUUUGUUUUGUUUUGAUUCACUUUUUGCUAGGUAACUUGCUGCGUCUCAUACCUUAAUGUGAUUUUCAUAUAUAUAUUUUUAUAUAUAUGUAUAUAUAUAAACAUAUAUGUAUGUGUUUUGAAGUAUAGCUUCCUUUUCUUUUGUAUUUAUUAGAAUAGUGCUUUAAUAAUUACAGAACCAUAUUAACAUCUUUUAUAGAAAUAUAAUCAUGUUUAUUUUAAGAACUGACAACUUGUUUUUGCUGCCUUUUAGUGCAAUAAGCAGUUUUAAAAGUUGUGUCUUUUUGACAUCUCUACCAUGGAUAAUGGGAGGAAUAGGCACCUCCGUAAUUUUACAAGGGCAAAGUAAUACAGCCUUAAUUUCAGAAGGAAAGUUUUCUAAUUUUCAGUUUUAAAGCAUAUCUUUUAAAAAUCAUAAUGAAAAUGAAGGAAGUGAAAUUUCUUGACUGAGUUUAACCUUCAGUCUUAAAGUUGAACUUUGUUUUAAGAAAUGACAGUAAACAGCUUAAGAUUUAAAAGAUAUUUAAGAAAAUAGAUCAUGUUUAUUGAAGAACUGUACUGGCUAGGUGCCAAUUUUUACUUACUAAAAUGAAUCAGAAAAAUGAAAGAUGAUAUUUUAAGAAGUUUUUUGCUGAUUUACCACCAGUGUGACUUUCCUUUUAAAAUUAAGGUGAUAUUGGCGAAGGAAGUCAGGACUUUGAUCGUUUUAAAUGAUUUAAUCACUGAAAUGUGGGGGCAAAUUUUGCAGUCUUGUCCAUUGAUUUCACUUUAAGAUAUUAAAAGUACUAAGAAUCUGUCAAAACUAACUUUAUCAAGAACAUUGGAUUCAGGGGAGCUUUGCACUUUGUAACUCAUGAAAAUUACAUUUUGACUUUUUUUUUUUUUUUUUUUUUUUGCACUGGUUAAGAGUGUAAAUACUACAGAUUGUUUCCAGUGGGCAUUGUUGUUAGCCUCUCAGAAUUCCAUCUGCACAUGAAAACUAAUGGAUUUAGAUCUUUAGUUUGUCUCUUACUUGUAAUCCACUAAUAUUGCCAAUUUACUGUAUUUUGAGCCUAAAAUCUGAGCCCAUGUCCUCCAACAGGCAUGAAAUCUUUUGGCCCGAAGCCAGAAAACUAAGAAAGUACUGUAUUUUGUAUGUUUAUUAUUUUUGAAGUGUCUGAAAUGAAAUUUACAACACUGUUGCAAAGCACUUUACAUAAUAAUAUUUAUAUAGUAUAUACUUUUUUUUCUCCCAGCCUUCUGCCUUCUUCUCAAAAAAAAAAUUCCUUUAAAACAUGUUUGUUUUCUUACAUUGAAACUUCACUGAAUAUAGUCAGGAACAUGCGCUAGAGAAGACAGUAGCAUAUUCUGGGUGAAACAGGUUUGGUCUGUGCUUGCUUGGAAUGAGUAAAACAUCUUUCUUUAUCCAUGGGAGCUGUAUAGACUGGUGUGGGAAGCUUCAGGGAGCAACUGUAGAUACCCUUUCACUACUCCCUGCUGAACCUAAUCUGCAGCCACUUAGUCUCAUAUGUGCUAGAGUGAAGCCCUUAAUUUAAAUGUACUUGGAGGGACUUUUUUAAGAGGAAAAGUAUUUUUUCUAAAAUAUAAAGCUUUACCUUUUGAGUGAUUUCUUUUUUAGAGUGUCUUACACUAUCCAACAUUGCUAGUUUAAGGUUGAUUAACUUGAAAGAAUAUGUAUAAUAUAUUUCUAUUUUGCUUACUAACAAAUUGGUAUAUAAACCUAAUUAUUAAAAACCCGUGCUUAGCAUUUUAAGAUAAAGGCUAAGUGGCACAUCUUGAAAUUUGUUCUAAUUAUUAUUGCACUUUUGGUGUAGAAUUCCUGAUCUUUUCUUACCUUAAAAUUUUAAAAAGGUUGUUAUGGGUUUCUUUUUAAAUUCAGACAUCAUAAAACUCACAAUGACCUUUCUGCUUCUUCCCUUGCUCAUUAAUUAUAUAUUGAAUGCUAAAUUUUAUUCUACUAUUUUCUGUGAUAUGUCAUACAGGAGUUACUUUAAAAUGUCAAUCCCAGCAACUGUUAUAAAUAAUUUUCAUGUGAAGAAAUGUUGGGAGUUUACGUAUAUUCUUAAUGGCAAUGUCUGUGAAAAGUGCUGAUACAUGUUCUUACAGUAUCCAGUGACUGGCAUUGAGGACCACACGUUGGUAAUCCUGUAGCUGCUAUAUUUAUUUAAGUAGAGUCUGACAGUUAGUGCACUAAACCGUUAAGGAGAUGAACGUGAUUCAAGGCUAGUGUUACGCCUGUUGUUUUGUUUUGUUUCAUUUUCUUAAAUUAGAUUAAUGACAUAAAAUCAUCAAGGUGACAAAGGGUGCUGCCAUUUUAGUUACAAUUCAAUAACCAGAAUAUUAUUUUAGAAGUAUAGUUUUUGACUUUUACAGUUUGCAAAGGGUACCUCAGCCUCUUCAGUACUGGUUUUUGGCACAUUUUCACAGAACUAGAGAUGCCCUUUCUUUUUGCUUACUAGUUACCUUUUAAAAAAUUUCUUGGGAAAAUCGUUGUAUUGAAAUAUUCCUGUUUAUACCCUAUUGAUUUAUUUUUCUUCCUAGAAGAGAUUCUAGAAGGAAUUUUAGUAGAAAAAAAUAAACACUACGUGUUUUAGAGGGCACUUGAUGAAGAUUAUCUCUGCCUUGUAGCCUAGGGACUUGCAGCCUCUAAAGACCUGUCCUAGUUUUUUGAGCUAAGUUCUCUGUGACUCAGCACUACGUGAUGUUCCUUGUGGGUUCUCUAUCGGAGUUCAUCAGGACAGACCGGACAGGCAGUCAUGGAAGUCUUAGGCAUGUCUAGGGAAGUAAAAGCUGAGCUGCCAUUCAGCAGAAAUGGCUGGCAGAGGAUCUCAGAGCGCCGGGCACGGAUGUGAGGUGUUCAUGUAGGUUACAGACCACAUGGUUAGAGACCAUUUCCAAGGAACUCUGCGGGUCUUUCCAGAGGCCAACAUGCAUUUGCCACAGGCAGUGCUUUUUAUGAAAUUCAAGAAGCUCAUCACUUGGACAUAGCUAAAAUAUUUUGUAGUCUUCCUAUUUCAAACUUGAGAGUAAUUUUAGGCCAAGAAGUUUGACUGAUAACUCUGCAUAGUUUUCACUGGGUAUCGAUAAACUGGAGUUAAAUGUGUGCUUAGCUCCUCCUCCCCAGUGUGCACCUGUUGAAGAGGAAGGCUGGUGUUAACAGUGACUUGCUACUUCAGUUACUGUUUAUGAAUUGGCCAAGUUGCAAAAAGACAUCAGCAGUUGGGCAUCUCCAUUUUUUUUAAGAUUUAUUUAUUUGAAAGGCAGAGUUUCAGAAAGAGGGAGAUACACAAAUACAGAGUGAGAGAGAGAGAGAUCCUCCAUCCCCUGGUUCACUCCUCAAAUGGCCUCAACAGCCAGAGUGAGCCAACCCAAAGCUAGGAGCCAAGAGCUUCUUCUGGAUCUCCCAUUUGGGUGCAGGAACCCAAGUAUUUGGGCUAUCUUCUACUGCUUUCCCAGGCCAUUUGCAGGGAGCUGGAUCAGAAGUAGGGUAGCCAGGGCUUUAACCAGUACCCAUAUGGGAUGCCAGCACUGCAGAUGGCAGCUUUCCCACCAUGCCCCCUUUAUUUUGACUUUCUAAUCUGUCUGAAGUAUUAGUCCUUUUCAUUCUUUUUGAGAACUUGUGGAUGUGUUAAAGCAGAGGUAGUACCAUUCAGCCUGUGGGCCGUAUAAUCAUUUUGUCUGGCCAUGCCAAGGCAACUGCAGGCUAGUUUUAAGUUGAUCAUUUGUAUGGCCCGCAAAUGAUGUUAUAAAUAUCCAAAAGCCUCUGGGUCGAAAAAAGUUGCCCCACCCAUGCUUUAAAGCAUCAGUAGUGAUGGCUGAGAGGUUUCACAUUCGAGUGAGGCCUUCCUGAGUGGUAGUAUGAACCUGAUUUAGGGUCUCUCCUUGUUGUCCUGUUUCCCUCCCAUUGGAUCAUGUAAAGCACUUAUGGGAUUCUAUAGGAGUCAAAAAUAAGCUAAGAAUGGAUAUGUAAAAGUCAGUACAGGGCUGGCGCCGUGGCUCACUUGGCUAAUCCUCCACCUGCGGCACUGGCACCGCAGGUUCUAGUCCCGGUUGGGGUGCCGGAUUCUGUCCCAGUUGUUCCUCUUCCAGUCCAGCUCUCUGCUGUGGCCUGGGAAGGCAGUGGAGGAUGGCCCAGGUGCUUGGGCCCUGCCCCCGCAUAGGAGACCAGGAAGAAGCACCUGGCUCCUGGCUUCGGAUCAGCGCGGCGCGCCAGCUGUAGCAGCCAUUUGGGGGGUGAACCAACAGAAAAAGGAAGAACUUUCUGUCUCUCUCUCACCAAAAAAAAAAAAAAAAAAAGUACAGAAAUUGGAAAGAGAAUUUUCUCCAAAAAAAUCUUUAAAACAAAAAUCCUGUUUAUACUAAGAACAUUCUUCAUCAAUGGCAAUGUUAAAAAUGAUACUGUGAUUAUUAGUGAAAGCCAAACUGAGUUCCAGGAGAGGGAGAGGAAACACACACACACACACACACACACACACACAAAGGUACUUCAAAAAGUUUGUGGGAAGUAGAAUUAAAAGAUAAAUUUAUUUACUUUGGUGUAAAAAAGUUUGAAAUCCAUUCAUAGUCUUUUCAUAAUAUGCAUUUGUGGGAGUAGGGGUGUGUAUGUAUCAUAAAAGGCAAAGAUAUUUUGAUUUUUUGUACUUUUAAAAAUGGUACAUUUAAGUUUAUAAUUUUCCAUGUCAGUAACAUAAAUUUUUAAUGGCUUGUGCUAAUAUUAUCUACUGCUAACUCAAAUUUAUUUUAUAUGACCCAUCAAGGUAGCACUCAGAUUUUAUAUUGUUGAUAAAAUCUCAAGACUCGUUUGUUCUUAGAGUAUGGAAGUUAAAUAUUUGAAUUAAAGAUAGAAGGAUGAUUAAUGAAGAAAGUUAAAACUUACCAAUGAGAAACCCUAUUGGAUUAUCAGGUAACUGUGACAGAGUAGGGAUCCUGUCAGAUCAUCUGUCCCACCACUGGGCUUCCUUCCCUCUGGAAACCAGUGUCUGAAGUAACCAAAACCUAAUGUUGUAUUUAUGUUGGGGCCUCAGUAAAGCACAGAUGUUCUUCAGGUUCAACUCUGAAUUAAAUUUUAGGUCAUUUUUUAAAGCAAGGCUGUUCUUAGAAAGUGCCUUUACAGAAGAUGGUGCUGUAGAUUUUUAUUUUUCAAAUAGCAUGAGGUUAAAAAUUUAAAUUAUUUUAGAACUCCAAGAAUGUGAGAGUUUCAUGCAAAUAUCAAUAAUGUUACUUGUUGUCCUGAACCAAGGAAAGCUUUAUUGCCGUAAAGUAGCUAAGUAAAUGCUCACUAAAUUUAGUUUGUAAAUUUGAAAACAAAAUUUUUAACAGAAUUAGUCCUUUUUAUUGAGAUUUUGGGUAUAGUAGCAAGUUCACAAAGGAAAAGGUAACUUGCAGGGAAUUAUUAUAUGCUACCUUUUUUUUUUUUUUUUUUUAGUUCAGCACAGAUUGAUGCUAAAGGCUGUAGAGGUAACCUUUUCUAAUUGGUCAUUAUUAUUGGAGAAGACUGUUCACAGAGAGCUACGCUAUCAUCGAGAUGAUUUUAAGAAAGAAAACAAAGUAUUAGCUAUAUUUAUCUUUAAGGGAAAUUUUCUUUUUUAGAAACUAACGGAUAUUUUAAAUGAUUCUUUUUUUCCCUAAGAUGGGGAAACUAUGAAAAAUGAUGACAAUGCAUUUAAAAGGGCACAGGUUCUAAAAAUAGAAUAUGGGAAAGUGGGCUUUGACAGAAAUAACAAAAGAAGGGGGAAAAACAGGACAAGACAUACUUACUAGAAAUUUACUAAUCUACCAGAAAACAGUUCCCCCCACACUAAGAAGCAGUAAACAAUCCUCUAACCUGUUCUUGUGAAUUUGGUGAGCAUUCCUCCAGAAAAGAAAUAUACUAAAAAAAACCCACACCUCAGUAACCUUGUAUGCUGCAUUAUGUAAUAAUGAUAGUAAAAUUACAUUGAUUGUUUGGAGUGUACUCUGUUUGCAAAUAUACAUGCACAUUAAACUCUCAUUUUUUAAUGUCUCAGCAAUUAUGGAUUUAUUUUUUUAAGAUUAAUUUUUUCUAUUGUGAUGUUUAUAUUCAUUGGCAAUUUGUGUGCAACUUUUAUAUUUUUGCUUAGAUGUUGGUUUUAAGAUUUUAUUUUAUAGAUAUUUCGAGCUUUUCCUCCUUCUUUGCAAUAUUAGCGAAAUUUAAGAUGGAGUAUUAAUAUACCAACCAAACUACUAAUUCUAUAAGGUCUAAAGUUUGGAUUUCUACCAAUAAACCAUUAAUACUAUUUUCUAAUUUAGAAUAUUUGAUGUUGUUUAUAUAGUGGGCAUUAAAGACAGACUUUAGACAGAUUUCUAUGUGUGGAAGAGAAGUUAGGCUUUUCUAAUAAGUUAGAUCUUUUUUUCCUAUACUAGCAAACUGACAGUGGCAGAUUGGAUUUAUUUUACCUGACAGUAAUUUUCAGAAAACUUGUCAAAUAAAUUAUCAUACUUCUUUUGUUGACUUUAGGUACAUUGAAACUGCUUAAAAGGCCACAUUGUUCAGCAGUAGGAUUAUGAUACCAUUUAAUUGACCAAGAAACAAAUAGCAAGUGAUCCAGAAAUCACUAAUGAUGCACUUUGAAAUGGGUUCCCCCCCCCCAGUGAUUAUGUUAUGUAGAGGAUCUGCUACCCUGAUCUUUUCCCUAGCAUUCCUUUAAAGUUGAUUCAACCCUGGGGUAUCAGUGAAGGAACCAGAGAUAAAGUGGCUAGGGAGAGCCAGGGAAAUAGACGAUUAAAAGAGUAUUUCUUCUUACUGCUUAAGUAAUAAUGAUUUAUGAAUGUGAAUUCAUUGGAAGGCAGUGAAAAGUAUAAUAGUAGACUACUUUAAAGCAUGUAUAGUAACUCCAGUUUCCUGACGAAUAAAUCAAGGUUACUUGUAUUGGCACAUUAACUUUUUCAUAAAAGUACAUGAGAAAAAUGUAUUCCCUUAAAGAGGAAAAAUAUUUUCAUUGUAUGUUUACACUAUGGAUUUGGUAAGGAAUCUUUUUUCUGUAAGAGAUUAAGAGAUAAACUUUAUCCCAUCCUCUGAUUUUUAAAUUCUAAAUUACUGGAGCUCAAUGUAUGACAUUUUGUUGUACUGUAUUCUAUUCCACUGAGAGGGAGGGAAAUGGGAAAUUUUUUUAAGUAACUAUAAAUAGGAAAACUUUAUUUUUAUAUUAUGUAAAGUUUUACAGUUUAAAAUGAACCAGCAUGUGAUUUCCUACAGACGUUAGUCAUAUCAUUUCUUUAUGCAUUUUGCCCGUUACAUUAGUUUGCUUUAUAAUAUACUUCUGAGGUAUUUCCUUUACCCCCAUGUCAAGUACUCAUUAAAGAUUGGUACUCUGAUUAUAGGAAUGUGUUAUUUCUAACUAAGAACCAAAUCUGUUUCCAGCAGUCAGAUAUGUUUUUGCUGCAAGUCUAUGUCCCUCUUUUAAGGAUAUUCAUUGUGCUUAUAACUUUGUUUUAUGCAUUAUAUUUCAACAUUGUCCUGGGUUGACAGACAUGUAAUGCUUGAGGACCAACAUUUUUAAGGCUGUCUCUAGUCCUGUGUUUUCAUUUUUCCUCCUGAAAAUUCAUAGGAACCUGGCACCCAGAGCUUAUUUUAACCAAUUGACUCCACAAAUCCAGGCACCUGGCAUCAGUACUUGAUGACUUGUUUGGGUUUAUAGUCCACCUCUUGAGAAAGAUAGAGUUGUGCAGUAAUUGGUCAUCCCCAAAACAGAACUGUCAUGAGCAGUCUUGGGAGUAGAAAACAGAUAGGAGUGUUGAUCAGUAGAACUUUGUGUUGGUCAUAUUCUUUGUAAAAGUGGACUGUGUGCACAUCCAUGACUCCGUGACUGCAGUUUAAAAGGCUGCACCAGAGAGGAGACAGGGAGAUUGUUCUGGUUUUUAGUGCCUAAACUUUCCGUCUUUACUUCAUGGCUUUUGGUUAGAACAAAUAAAAAUCCCUUAAUUUAGCCCUUUAAUAAUCUUUUUAGAACCAAAGAAGGACAGAUUCUUUCUGCAAAAUUGUGACACGAUGUGGCUCUACUUUUCUGUAUUAUAAUUCUGAAAAUAGGAGGUCUUCCCAGAGAAAUGGACUAGUGGGAUGUGUGAGUAUGUAAUAAGGGGAAAAGUUUUAUUUGCUGGGAUAUUUGAACAGAAACCUUACAAUUGUACAAUUGUUUAAUAUUUGUCAAAAAAAUUUUUAAAGGUUUAUCUAUUUUAUUUGAAAGCCAGAGUUAUGGGGGCGGGGGUGCAGGGAGGAGAUCUUCCGUAUGCUGGUUUGCUCCCCAAAUAGCCACAACAGUCUUACGUGGGCCAGACUGAAGCCAGGAGCUUCUUCUGGGUCUCUCACAUGGUUACAGGGGCCCAAGGACUUGGGCCAUCUUCUGCUGCUUUCCCAGGCGCAUUAGCAGAGCGCUGGAUCAGGAGUGGAGCAGUUGAGAUACAAACCAGUGCCCAUAUGGAAUCCCAGCGCUGCAGGCAGUGGUCUAACCCACUGCGCCACAGCCCUGGCUCAAAUAUUUCUCAAAUUCUUAACAAAGUAAUACAGCAGCUGUUGGUUUUUGAACCUGCAGAAGAGACUCAAGAGAGCCUCUAUAAUUUAAAUUAAUAUUUUGUUGUCCCAGACCAAAGCUGCAUCUAUUGUCAGUACAUUUUAAAAGAUCUUACAAGUUGCUUUUAUUCACUUGAUAAUAAAGAAAUUAAAUGCAGUAUUUGCCCUUAUAUAGAGCCACGGCACUGUUAUCAACACAGCCUCUCCAGUUUCCUCCUUUUUGUAGAAAACACCAAAUGGGGCCUUUCCAGACAAGCUUGUCCUUCCUGUAAAGAAAGAGUUUUUGGUGAACAGUUUGGGGAAAACACUGGUAGAUGGUGAUGAAGAAGGAGUUUUGGCCCAGUCUAAUCCAGUUCAUAUAUACAGAUUGAUCCUUUAAUAAGAUGCAGCUUUGAUUUUGGUAGCAACAGACUCUAUGUCUAGUGUGUCUAGUGGUAAUUAAUUGCAGAUAUCUCCCUUUUUCAGAUAGGGAAUGAGCUCUUUUUUUUUUUUAAGACAUUUCUUUAUUUGAAAGAGUUACAGAGAGACAGAGACAGAGACAGAGAGAGAGAGAGAGAGAGAGAGAGAGAGAUCUUCUAUCUACUUAUUCAUUCUCCAGAUGGCCACAACAACCAGGACUGGUACGCCAGGCUAGGCCAAAGCUGUGAGCCAAGACUCUCAUCCGGGUCUCCCACAUGGGUGUCAGGGGCUCAACCACUUGAGCCAUCUUCCACUGUUUUUCCAAGCCAUUAGCAGGGAGCUGGAUUGGAAUUGGAGCAGGCGAAACAUGAACUGGCACCUACAUGGGAUGCCGAUGUCAUAGGCGGCAGCUUUACUCACCAUGCCACAAUGCCAGCCCCAGAAAUGACCUCUUACAUUGGUGAUUGCCCUGCAAAAGGGCAUGUAUUCGUUUUCUAAUUCAAAAACCACAAACAGCAGGCACUAACUGAAAUUUUCUAGUAGUUUGCCCCUAUAAGAUUCUUUAAAAGUUUUCCAGGAAUUUUCUUAAUUAACCCAGGAUACAGCCGCUUUCCCUUCUUUUAAAAGAAAAAAACAGGCCGGUGCUGUGGCAUAGCAGGUAGAGCCUCCACCUGCAGUGCCAGCAUCCCAUAUGGGGAGACCUGGCUACUCCACUUCUGAUCCAGCUCUCUGCUAUGGCCUGGGAAAGCAAUAGAAGAUGGCCCAAGUGCUUGGGCCCCUGCACCCAUGUGGGAGACCUGGAGGAAGCUCCUGGCUCCUGGCUUUGGAUCGAUGCAGCUCCUGCCAUUGUGGCCAUUUGGGGAGUGAACCAGCAGAUGAAAGACCUCUCUCUCUCUGCCUUUGCCUCUGCCUCUCUGUAACUCUUACUUUUAAAUAAAUAAUUUUUUAAAAGCUUUAAAAAUUUAAAACAAAAAAUUUUAAAAAGGAAAAAAGCUGAAAGAAUAUAGAGGCAGUUUAUAUAAAAUUCUUCUAUGGGUAAAAAACUUGGGUAAUUUUAAGGUACUUUAAAAUGCCUGGGAGGGGAGGGUCACCUGUCACAAGUCACAACUGGAUUAAGAGACUGUUAUGGGGUGGGCACUUGGCAUAGCAGUCAAGAUGCUGCUUAGGACACCCACAUCCGAUAUCUGAGCGCUUGGUCCCAGCCCCACAUCGGAUUCCAGCUUCCUGCUAAUGCACACCCUGAGAAGCAGGGAUGAUGAGUCCCAUAGUAGGGUCCCUGCCACCCACAUGGAGACCCAGAUUGAGUUCCUAGUUUCUAGAUUUGGCCUGACCCAGCCUCAGCUGUUGUAGGCAUUUGGGGGGUGAACAAGCAGAUGGGAACCCUCCCUGUCUGUCUUUCAAAUAAAUAUUUUUAAGAAGAGGGGAAGAGUGUUUUAGCAUGUUUUUCACAUUCUAAAGUUUGUUUCCUUUGACAUAUCAUUCUUUGAUUUCCUCGAGCGCCUCCAUUCUUGUGAUAGAAUCAAUGUUCAUGGCAUUUAUGAAUCGUGUUCUCAUCCCCCACACAAAUGUUCAUACACACAAACGCACAGUUAGAUCUAAAAGAGGGAGAGGGUAAAGCAAGAUGGAGAUAGAAUAGGAAUAAUUAGAAUGCAGCUUUAGUUAAUAUAGAUGAAAGGAACCCCUAACUCGGUUAAGUGAGAAUUAGAGUUGCAGGUGCUCCCUCCAGCCUGAGAACUUUGUGCUAGCUGUAGUGUGCUCAUGUGACCCGGAGUACGAGGUGUUACCGCGAAGGGAUGGGAUGAUUCUUGAAGGUAAUAUUUCAGUCCUCUGCCACAGAGAUGCCCUAGUCCUCUCAAUGUAUGUAUUUGUUAUGCCUUCAGUGUUAUGGCUGUAUUUCUUAGGUCAGCCUUGACGGAUGCAAAAUUCCACCCUAAACAUUUUUAACUCAACCCAUUUCCUCAUCUAGCCUAAGCUGUAAAGGAGAUGGCAUAAGGUACUUUCAAAUGCAGGGACUUUAAAAAGAUCACAAACUGGAGAAAGACUAUUGAGAACCUAACUGCCUUUGAGAGUAAGAGCUCAAGAAGUGAGCCAGAGACUUGGAGUUGUGUCCCGGCUCUGUGUGCCUAGAUUCCGGUGGUGGACAAAAGUGAUGACACCUGCCCUCACCUACCUCACUAAGUUGCUAUAAUAAUAAUAUGAUGUUUGUGCAUGAAAAUAUUUGCGUUCUCCAAGGGAAAAGCUAUUCAGAAGUUCAAGAUUCUAGAAUGGUGUGAUGGUGAAGGAUUCCUUCCCAGUUUGUGAAUGUCUGAUUACUGUAGAUCAUUUUAUUUUUAUUCGUUAAAGAUUAUGUUUUUAUUUAUUUGAAAGGCAGAGUUACAGAGAAAGAGGUAGAGACAGAGAGAUCUUCCGUCUUCUGGUUCACUCCCCAAGUGGCCGCGCGUGGCCAGGGCUGGGCCAGCCCAAACCCAGGAGCCUAGCACCUGGAGUUCCACCUGGGCCUCCCACAAGGGUGGCAGGGGCCCAAGCACGUGGUCCAUCUUUCUCUGCUUUCCCAGGUGCAUUAGCAGGGAGCUGGAUCGGAAGCAGAGCCACCAAGACUCAAACCAGCGCCCACACGGGACACUGGUGCCGCAGGCAGCAGCUUAAACUGCUAUGCCACAGCACCCGGCUCCUGCAGAUCAUUGUAUGAAACAGGCGUAAGAGAAGCGUAGGCUUGUCGUCGUGGGGUCUUCACUCACAGACCCGCCUUGUUCUGUCCUUCCUGCCAGAUAUCCAUGCGCAGGUCGUAUUUUUCUUCAUAAUAAUCCUUGCAAAAGUGUAGGAUUUUCAAAAGCCAAACUCCUUUUAGUGGUGCUGUGGCAGCUGCACUGUGUUUUCAGUUAGAGUCGUGUGCUGAAGCUACCAGUUACUCAGAAAUCAACUUCGCCUUCUGCCUCCGGGCACCCCUGCUGCGCGGUGGGCACCAGAGCUGCUGUACAGCCAGGUGGUUGCUCCCUUGUUUCUCGGCAAAGGUUUGGUACCUUUCUUUGGAUUAUGGGGUUGGUUGUAAGAAGAAAAGUGUUCUUUGCAGCAUUGAACUUUGCUUUACUUAAACAAUUCCAGUUAUCAUGGACCCAUAAGAGUAUAGUGGAAGUUUCUUGUCCAUGUUAACUCACUUCUGAGCUCUGCAGGGGACACCAAGUAUCUGACCCCGUCGCCUUUAUGGACCUCACAUUUCAACAGGUUUAUGCACUUCCCCAGGGCCGGGUGGCCUGUUUCUAGGAUAUCACCACAGGGGGGUGCAGCAAUUCCUUGUUGUAAGCAACAAGAAAUUUUUUUAAAGAAAAAUGGAUGUAUUUUGGGUACACAGGGUAUGGAAGCGUUCAGCGUUGAUCUCACCUCCCCCUUGUUGCAGGCAGUUGGGCUUUUCCAGCUCAUGGCGUUAGUUUUAUGGGACAGUGAGAAUUUCAGGUACUGAAAAUGAAAGGUAGGGAGAUUCAUGCUUGUGAAAGAACAGAAAUCCACAUUGUACGCUGAGUAGCUGGCACGGAUAUAUCAGGAACACUUUUAAACAGGUUUUGCUGUAAUAUGUAGCUUUAAUGUCUCUCUUCAGUUAUAGACUGCAAAAAGUAUUACUGGAUCUUGUGAAUGAAGAUGAUUUUGUGGAUUAGUAUUUGUGGAUGCAUCUAUAGGCCAUGAGAGGCAGCAAUGUGUGUGUGUGUACAUUGAAAUACUUUAUAGCACUAGCUGUGAUACACAAAUUUAUACAGGAAAAAGUUUUUCUUUAGUGUACAAGAGACUAAAAUUGAGGCAUGACCAUUCCAGUAUAAUUUGACCAGUCACUCUGGAGACAUUUCUGAUACACACAAUGCACGCGUACACACACACCCCUAAAACACUGCUGACUGUUUCCACUUCAACUGCUGCCUUUUUUAAAACCUUAACUAAUGGAGGAAGAAGUAGGAUUCUUUAUAAAGGAGCUUUUCUGAAGAGUAAGAUGUAAAUGCAGGACAUGUGUGGAGGGCAGCGCCACCUGAAGAAUGUCCUGCAGGUGGACAAAGAGCCUUUGAAAGUUCACUUUUUAACCAUCUUGACCGUGUGUGCCUAUUUGUAUUGCAGAUGUGAACUACUAUUUUGGGGGGUUGAUACCAGUAUGUUUUGAAACUGAAUUAUUACAUAUAAUCAGACUAACCUUUCUCUCCAUCCUCCUUUUCACACAAACUGUUCUUGCCAAAUAUUUCUACUGAUACCAAGUUUCAGCAAAGCAAAAUGAUAGGACUCGCAAGCCUCCUUCCGUAUCUCCCCUACCUGUUGUGUCUUAUGACUGGCCUGGCCUUGUAUAUUUUCCGUUGUUUUUUCCUAAGUAAGGACAAUUUACUGUAGUGCUUCACGAUGUUAACUCUUAAAAUGUCUGGUUGCAUAGUAAUAUCACUUAAAGCAGUGGGUAAUAGAUCUGAGUGAUACCAGACUUGGCUGCCACAUUUUGCUAAGAGGAGACUGGAACUUAAUGGCGAGGAGUGGAUGGGAGAGGACAUCUGGGAUAUAUACGUGAUCACUGUGUACUUGGGGCCAGGCUUGGACUUUGGUUGUCAUUUUCACUCCUUGAAGCUAUGUAAUUAUGAUGAACAGAGGCAAAUAAAAUUUUUAAACUAAAGUGCUUGUUUUCACUAUUUGAAAUUUGACAGUAAAUUUUCUACUUUCUGUUAAAUUACUCCCCCAAAAAAUUACAACCAAAAAAACCUUAAGGGGUGUGAUUGUGAAACUUGAAGAAGCAGGUUUUUUAAGCAAUUCAGUCACUUGUCAUAAUUUACACUAAAGAAAUGGUCAUAAUUCCUUCUGAGCCAAACAGUCGCUGAAAUGUCCUGUGACGGAACCACGUCUCCUUUUCUCUGCCAUUCUGUGUAGUGGAAGGGUUCUAUAUCAUGUUUGUUUUUAAUCCUUGAUUUAAAGGAAAAUUAAUGGUCUCAGUGUUGCUUAGCUUCAGUUUGAAGUGUAACUUUCACUAAUAUCUGCAAUAAAAAGAAAUGCUUUGCUCCA